GAGGGAGGGAGAAAGAAGAGAAACCCAGUUGCUCUGAGGUGCAGGCUGAGGUGGAUGGAGAAGGAAGAGUCUGCUGGUGUGGCAGCAGCUGGGGACAACAUUUCACAGCUUCAGUUAGAUUUCAUUGCUCAGAAGCACCUUCUUACAAGUGACAGAAAAGGAAAGCUCGAGAAGAGGUCAUUCGUCCUUCAUUUUGAGCAGCUGAAGACUGCAAAAGCAAGUUUCUCUUCCAGAAGCUCUAAAUAAUACACAGCUAAAAGUCUGCGAUUCCUCUUCGAAAGCAGAAAUGCAGCAUCCCCACUCUCAUCUGGUAUCACCCAUCAGCAUUCAUGCAUGCAAGAUCUUAAGGGUCAGGCUGCAGAAAGGACUGAUACACUAACACAGCCAAAGUGUUACUGCCUUUCAUUUGUGGCCAAUUUAAGUUUUCAAAAUUGUUGACUUUAUUCUGAGCUUGAAUCAAAGGCCAAUCCUUACAUCUGUAGAAAGACAAGCAAGUUUCCAACCUUAUCCAGUAAGGGUGACAAAGGAAACAAGAUGAUCAAGACAACCUUGCUGCAGCCUUGUCUCCAGCCUCAGUCAAACUAUGCAGGGCCUGGCAAAAUGAACCAAAACCCACACAAUUCUAAGCCCACCUGUGGAGAAGGCUAUGGCUGUUUGGGGAGGCAGCAAGGGGUGGAAAAAGAAAGCAGUCCAGUUGGAAGGAGAUCAGAUACAAAGGACCAAGAGAUAAAAGGGUCUACAAGAGACAAUUUCCUGCUGGAACUAUGUAGAACCAAUGGAGAGAUACUACCAAACAAAACAGAUGGUAGUGGCUUGGCACCCAGCAAUGAGCACCCGGUAGCAAGAGACUCUCCAAGGCCUGCUUCAGGCCUGCCUGGGCCUAGCAACAGAAGUGACCAGAACCAAGAAUGGAAAGUGGUGAAAGUUAAACGAGUCCUUAUUUCUCCUGUUGGUGAACCUCGGAAAGCAAAUAUUUCAAGAAGUGCGAGUCUUUCUGAAAAAGAGCUGAAGGAAGCAAAAGCCAGGAGCCAGAGAAUUGCUGCCCAGUUGACAACCCCACCCAAUUCUAACUCCAAAGGCGUGCUGUUGUUUCACAGACGCAAGCAGCGAGUGAAUGCGUUUACCUUGGAAAACACAAAGACAAGUACGGAACAAGCAGCUUCAGAGAUCAGCUCCAAAGCUAUUCACCACAUCAUUCCAAGCCAUGGGAAAGAGCUCCAUUUGAAGGAGAUCUUAAGUGACAACAGGGAGCUGAAAGGAUUUUCCUCCAUCAAAGAUUCUGGGUUGUGGGAACAAAAAGGCAGCAUGGAGAAACAUGAGGAGAGCCUGGCUGAGGAGGGCCCUCAAAGGAAUAAAAUAAAAAAUGAGGAGACUGUUUCUAUAACAAACACAACAAUAUCUUCUGAGGAGAUUCUAGCAGAAGACUUUCAACAAAUCCCUCUCAGCGUGUACCUAAAAGAGAAUACAGAGACUGUCUCAACUAAUGGAGUGCAUGAACCUGCCACCAGUGAGCUUGAAAAGUUGCCUGCUGUUGAACACACACCAGUUAUUGACAAUGUGAAAAAUGUGCCACCUAUUGUUGAUGAGGAGCUGUACCUACCUAGCACUGAUAAAGAGAAUAAUAGUUCCGCCCCUAAAAAGCAGUUGUUUACACUGCAAACAGACAGCGAAAAUAAUGUUAUUGAUAAAAAGCCAUAUUUACUGCUUAUUGGUAGUGAGAAUAACAACAAUGCCUUUGACAAGGAAUUGUAUGUCCCUGUUAUUGACAGGGAGAAUAAUGUUCUUGAUGAGGCGUUGAGUGAAACAGUUAUUGACAGGAAGGAGAAUGGAGAGAUUCUUAACAAGGAGGAGGAUAUGGCAGUUAUUGAAAACGAGAAAAAUCUCCCCACUACAGACACAGAGAAAUCCAUUCUAAUUACUGACAGCCAGCCCAAGGACACUCUGACUCAUAAUAAUAAGCAGUACUGUGAAGUACGCCUGACUUUGUCCAAGCCAAUGCCUGUGAAGAACCGAACAGCAAGACCCUUUGGGACUCAGUCGUUAGUUACAACUCAUACACCAGCAGAGGAAAGCCCUGUUGUGGAGCUUCCUCCACCACCUACCUAUGCAGAAACAUUUUCCAGUCCUCCUCCAGUAACUAGAGUCAGGUCACCUCCAGCCUAUUCAGCUCUGUAUCCUACUGAAGAGCAGAAAGCCUCCGUUCCACAAGUAGUGAACUAUGAAGUCAGCAGACCAGGACCCCCCUCUGAAGAAGAUAGAGAACCACUUCCAACUAAAUCAGGCAUUCUGGAGGAGUCCAUCGGCCGCAGAGCAGCCAAAAAGUCCAUGUUUACUUUUGUGGAGAAGCCAAAGGUGGCUCCAAAUCCCGAUCUCUUGAACUUAGUCCAGAGAGCAGAUAAUAGAAAAAAGCAGAGAGGAAGAACAACUCCUGAGGAUGAACCAUUUGCUCUGGGAGCAGAGGCCUCUAACUUUUUACCAGAAAAUACAUUAGAUGGUCUAACCCCAGCUACUGCAGAUAAUGCCCCAGAAUGGUCUUCAUGUCUAAGGUCACCAAGAAUACAACCGAAACCUAAGAUAAAAUCCAACCAAAACCUAACGGAGGCAAGAGGAAAGGGAGCAGAAUUAUUUGCCAGGAGACAGACAAGGAUGCAAAAAUACAUCAUAGAGUCCCCAUCACACCCUGAUAUAGCCAGAUCACCUUCACCUACUAUUUCCCUCCCUCCCUCCUGGAAAUAUGCUUCAGAGACUCACCUGUCCCCUAUGGCCUUCCAACCUUUACCCAAAAGCCCAGUGAGAUCUCCAAGAGCUCCCCCUCCUGUACCUUUGUACAACAGCAACAUGACAGAGAGCGAGAUUUCCAAAAAGGAAUUGGAAAUUUCUAAGCAACAGCCAUACCAGCUCCAAUCUUCCUUGUUUAUCCUUUCCCCAGCCAAAGAUCCAGUAAGAUCUUUACCAAGAGCCGCACCACCACCCAAGCCUGUGGUUCCUGAGCCCAGCUAUAUGAGACAGGCUUCUUGCCCAACAUCUCCUUUGCCACCUUCACCUGUUUUCUAUUUACCUGUCCAGUCAAGUCCAAGCAGACCAUUACCGGGUCAUUUUGCUCCAUCUGCUGGAACUGUACCUGAACCUCGAAAUAUCACAACAGCUACUGGAGCAUCAACAGGCACAUCUGUUGAAUAUUCCUCCAGAAUUUUGUCUCCAAGAGCUAAAGGGGUCUACCAAGCUCCAAGACCUUCUUUUUCCACCAAGGAUGCAGGAAUUGAGCCUCAGGAAAGAAGAGUGUCCCUCCCUGCUUCCCCAACGUGGAUUCCACAACUGAUUCAACAGCCUAUCAGUCUGGAUGGUUGGAUAAGUACAGCCCAAACAUCAGAACCUGAGGAAGGACAGAUGGAGGCUUUUCAAGCAGUCAUGAUCCCACCUCCUAUGUCUCCCUCCUGGAGUGAAAGGUCUCUGUCCCCAUUUCGACAGGAAACUGAUCCCAAGUCCAGCCGUCAGAUGCAAGCAAUGCUGGCCAGAAACAUCAUCAAUGCUGCCAGAAGGAAGAGCUCUUCUCCUAAAGCCACAGGAAUAGAUAGUUUCAGGCCCUUCACUCCCCCUGCCUCCUCUGCCAAUGUGUCAUACUCAGGCAGCAGUCCUAAGAACACAAGUACUCAUUCCUCAAGCCCACUACAAUCUCCCAAGCCAACAAGAAUGGAAGGAUACAGACGUGUCUCUCUCCCCAUCACAUCCUCUACACCACCACAAGAUAGUGCAUCAUCAAACAAUAGCCCCAGAUUGCUGGGCAGCCAUUCCACCAUUUAUAAAAGCCCACUACAAUCUCCAAAAGCAGUGCGGAUGAAUGGGAACAAGUACUUCACAUUGCCUGCCAGCAGUGGGGCAACAGUGUUCAAUGCAGCAUCCAGUAAUGGACCGAGAACAUUGGGCAACCAUUCUAUGAGCUACAGGAAUCCAGCACCAUCUCCCAAACCCUCAGUCAUGGAUACUCACAGGAUCUUCACAACACCAGCAAGUGCAACCAGAAAAUCAUCAUGUGCUAGUCCUAAGAAUCUGGACAACUGUUCCCCAACCAUCAAAAGUCCCCUGCAGUCUCCCAUGAUGGGAAUACAUUAUCCGGUGAGGCGCUAUACCACUAGUUCACCUACCAACUCAGAUGUGUCCAUUGACUCUGAAGACUCUGGGAUCAAAUCGCCCAGUAUCCGCAGCUUCAACAUUUGUCCCCGAGGCUGGAACGGAAGCUUGCGGCUGAAGCGAGGCAGCUUGCCUGCAGAAGCACCCUGUACCUCCUAAACUUGGGAUUACAGAAAUUAGCUAGGAAAUAGAUGAGAUCUGUUAUUAAAUAUAUCUGUAGCUCUGUAACUACCCACUGUCCAAAUCCUGUCCAAAUCCUGUAACCAAAUCCCGCUGUCAAAAUACCAAAUCCUGCCAACCUAGUUAUGUAUCAGGAAGGAGUGGGUGCUGACAAGACAAGAUGUAAUUUUUCAUUUCAACUUUUUUCUGGGGAUUUUUAUUAUAGACUAGAACUUGUUCAUUAAACAGAAUAACUUAGGACAGAAAUGCCCUAAAGUGAGGGUAAUGUGACUCUCACUUUACCCCAAAGCACCAGAUUUCAGGAGGAUCCCUUCUGUUUCCUCUCAUCAUAUAUUUGCUUUCACAACAUUUGGGUCAGCUAUCUCAGUUGGGCAAGAUUCAUCAGUGCCUUCCUUGUCCAAGGAGGGCUAAUUUGACUUGGACCGCUUUUGUUUCCACUCUGAAACAUCAAUUUGGAGGAUGUCAAAUAUGAAACCUGCAAAUUGCCUUUUCAAUGGAAGAAACCCCCUUAAGAUGUCGGUGAGCAAGCCGAAGAAAAGGUCCACCAACCAUGUGUCUGCCUUCUAAUGCAAUAUUUUUCCUACACUCUGAUGUCUCCUCGAUUCAAGCCUGCCUCCAGUGACCUGAAGGGAUAAGUAGAAAGCAGUAGGGGUCAAAAGCCCACUCAGUAGUUAUCCCUGCUAGCUGAUGUGUAUGGCAAGACAUGGCUUUACAUAAAUUCUAGAAGAAGAUAGCUAUGGCAUUCUCCUCUCUGGACUUCAGGAUCUAUGACAAAACUACAGUGAGAGUAAGAGCUGAGAGGGAGUACUGAGCUGAGUUACAAAAUGACAAAUCGAAGAUCUUUUACAUGUAAAGAAUUCAAGUCCAAUCUUCAGAAAGUUGCCAGUGUCCAACAAAAUCUGGAACUCUUCGGAAAGCAAAAUAGUUAUUAGCUACGUGGAGAGAACAUGAUAAAUGCUAUAAUCCUCAUACAGGGUUAAUAAUACCUGCAAAUCAGUGUCUGGUAACCAAUCUUUUUUGUUAUGAAAAAAGGCUUUCUAUGAGUGAGCAGACACAGGAUCUUUCUGUGAGGAGAGCCUCUCAGUCCAGCAUAGGCCAACGUGUGUUUAACUGAGGCAGACCAUAAACAACAUUCCACUGACCUACAGAUUUUGUUAAGGUGUUGGGAAGUGGAUAUGGUUCUUAUAUUAACUGAGAGCUUAUUAAGUGGUAAGCCUAGCUUUUUUAUCCUCCCAGAACCAUUAUUUUAUAUAAGAGCUGAUUCCAGAGGAGAGGUUCUUUCCUGUGGUGUUCAGUGGUUGCCCAACUCAUACUUGCAGCAGAGAGUAGUGUAAAAAGUAUUUUUUGAAAAACUCUUGUUAGCCAUGGUUUCCCUCUGUUGUCAUGCCACCAUCAUGAGUCUCCAUCCAGCUUUUUGUUACGUACUGCAGGUAUACCUCUGCUCAACUAUAGUGCAGUACUGCAUUUUUCUUUUUUCUAAAAUCACAUAUUUGCAUGGUGCUGCUCCAGAGUAAUGUAAUACUUGAAUCAUUUGGCUACACUAAUUGCACACUAAUUGCACAGGGGGUCCCACUGCAGUCAUCUAUAUUGAAAAUUGGCUACCUACUGCUUUGGGGGAAAAGUCAAGUAAUGCAGAAGAAGAAGAAGAAUUUGGAUUUAUAUCUCCCCUUUCUCUCCUGUAGGAGACUCAAAGGGGCUGACAAUCUCCUUGCCCUUUCCCCCUCACAACAAACACCCUGUGAGGUG